AUGGGAGAUGAUAUUAUGAAAUAGGGAAUAGGAAAUUAUAAGGGUCUUAUGAUAUGUACAAGGCCUAAUGAUAAAAUAUAAUAAGCUGUAGAUAGACCAUUUGUCUCAAGAGUUGAGGCUUAAGAGUAGCUUGGCUUAAACCCAGCUCCUAGAAUAUAAAUGAACAAGCCAAUUAAAAGAGUUCAUUAUGUAUUAUCAAAGCAUAAGCAAUGGCUUGAAGGAUAUAAAAGAACUAUUAGGGAUUAAAUUCAAUCUAAAAAUUAAUAAUUUUUAGAUAAAAUAGAUAGAUAGGAUAGACUGAGAUAAUAAUCUAUUAACUUGAUAAACAGAAGAAGAGAACAACAUUUAUAGUAGAGUCAAUAAGCAGACUUCUAAACUUAAAGCUAAGCUAAUUAGCAUCAAUUUGAAAACUAGUCAUAAAAUUAAUAUAAUAAUAAUCAAAGCUAUAAUGAUAAUAGCAUAGAUAUCAAUCCAGAUUAGUUAGAAAAAAUACUAAGUGAACCAGUUUAACAGAAAUAUGAGCAUGAAUAAUAAUAAUAGUAAUAUAAUCAUAUAUAAAAAGCAAGACCAUAAACUAGUGCCUUAAAGAAAAAUAAAAAAGAAAAACCUGCAUGGGCAAAAACUGAAAAGUAGCUUGAAGAAGAAGAUAAUUAAGAGUGUGAUGAUCUACUUAAUUUUGCUAGUAACUUAGAUUAUGACAAAUAUAUAAAUGAUCUUGAGGUAUAAAGUAUGGUAAAAGCGAUAAAAGAUAGAGUUAGUGAAUUAAAAACAAAUCCUUCAAUUUACGAUUCAUAAGUUAAAACUGAUAAAGAAUAAUAAGCUUAAAAAAUGAAAGAAUAUAUGGAUUUAGUUGACGAAAAAAGAACUAAUAAAGGAGAAAAUAAUGUUAAUAAUGAAGGCAAAAGUAAUGCUUCUGCUAAAUCCAGAUUAACAAUGCAAAGCAUAAAAGAAACAGUAGAAAAAAUUAAAAACGAAAGUAAAGAAGAAUGGGAUAAAUCAACUACAGUAGGAGAGUAAAAAUAUAAAUCUAACAUAGAAGAAAAGUUAGUUAAACAUUUGGCAGACGACAUCCUUAAGAACAAUAAAUAUUUAAGAGGAAUUCAUUCUACUAAUUCAAUCAAAUAAAUUCUAAUAGGAGAAGCUAAAAAACAUUUUGAAGAUAAUAAAUCUCCAAAUGCUCAGCUGGUUUGA